AUCCUCGCCAGAGAUUUUGCUGGAGAUGCCCAAUCCACAGCUGGUUCCUUUAAGAGUUGGGAUACUUGUAUGGAUAAUAAGACAUGUAAAAUUGUUGCCAUAGUUUUGAUUGUGCUUGCCGUCUUGAUAUGUUUUUGGAUAAUUUCCACCCUUGUUCGUUGUUGUUGUAUGGGGGUUUCUUGUUUAGAAGCAUUAUGUUGUUGCUGUUGCAGAGCAGCAAACUCACAUAGAAGAAGUUCGCCAUAUGUGGAGAAACAAUAUCAAUCUCCUUAUAAUAAUACUAAUAUGUAUCCAGCUGCUCAAAGUCCAAUGAAUCACAGUUUUGGUUAUACCAGUCAACCACAACCUGCUUAUCAGCCGGUUUACGGCCAUGAUUCCAGAUCAAUCAACGACGAGAAUCCAUUUUCUGAUGAUAAUAAAAACAAACACGGAUCUUAUCGUGGCCAUCAA